AUGGUCGAAAAAGGAUCCAGGAAAGCUGGGUCUGCGGGAGGCAGCGGCGCGGGGGCGUCGAACGUGGCGGGGACGGCCGGGGGGAAGGCGCACGCGCGGCAUAGCCUGUCGAAGAUCCCCGAGGUUAUUGAUCCGGGCAUUACGGUGCCCAUCUACGAGGAGGACAUUGUCGGGGACCAGGGCGGGACGGACGUAGACGGGCAGCCGCAGAAGCUGGGUUCGUACCGGGCGCGGGCCGGGCGCUUCUCGAACACGCUGUCCAACCUGCUUCCCAGUAUCAGCGCGAAGCUGCACCACAACCGGAAGGGCGGGACGGGGAAAGUCGCGCCGUCUGCUGCGGACGCGGACGCGGGAGCCGGGUCUACCGUGGUUGCGGGAGAGAUGGCGGGCAGCAUCACGCCUCCGCAGGACCUACAUAACGUGGUCAGCUUCCCGGAGCCAUACGGGCUUGCACAGCCACGCACUUCGAGCGAAUCGUAUACGUAUGGUUCUGGAUACAGUGGCCACCUGCAGCCCACAGUCUCCAACCCUGCUACGCGGACUCGGAAUAAUACUGUAUCUUCGCAGAUUACUUCGCUUUCAAGCAUGGGCCAGCUGGGAACCCCCAGCACGAGCAACAUCUGGACCAACAAUGGCUCAGGCCCGGCAGAUCCAAUCAGCAACAUGCUCACGACGCAGUUCAACCCGAUCCCCCUCCCCGACUUUGGCCAGUCGAACUACUACGACGUAAUCACGCAGCAGCAGCCUCCGCAGUCGACGAACUCACUGAAUGUGCCCUCCGGGGGUAAUAUUUUCUGGGAAAAACGUACUCGUUCUCAAUCUAAUGCUUCUAGCAUAUACGCAGAUGCGCUAUUUGAUACGUCUGGCAUGCAGCAAGCCCCUCCUACGCGUUCUCGGGCCUCCACUUUUGCGUCGACGACUGCACACCAGAAUAUGCUGAACACACCGGUCAUGUCGGCUCCAUUGUCCGCCGGUCCCAUUGUACAAGAUGAAGUUGACCCGAGAUCUUUGAACUGGGUUUCCACGGAUCCUACCGUGCCUCCAAUUAACCAAAUUUCGCACCUCCUACCUUCUAAUACGAUAUCCAUAUCAAAUAUCUUCCCUCUCCAACAGCAGCAGCCGCACUUCUCGAACGCUGUUAACCUUACAAGCACUAGUCUUGCGACUUUGUGUUUGAAUUUCGGCAAGGUACUCUCGGCUAGAACUCUAAAGACCGUGAAUAUGGCAAUUGUUGAAUUUGAGACGGUAGAUGCAGCAAUGCGGGCAAAAGAUGCCCUUAAUGGAAAAGAAGUGUCGUUGGUGGGCGCUCCAAGUGCUGUUUUUUUUGCAAAGGUCCUACCCAUGCACCAGCAAGCAAGCACUUUGCCGCCUAUCCAAACCAACCCUAAUGGACCGCAAUCUUUAUUGCAAGAACAACUCUUUUCCGGUGCUGUUACUUUUCACCAGCAGAAUGGUAUUUCUAUACCUGUGUUCAAUGCUAGUGGGGCCGGCAGCCAGCACCAUCUAGCAUCCCAGCAGUCACAAAGCCAGAGCCAUGUUACAAAGCACCCAAAUCUAACGCACUCGUUUACAUCUCUUUCGCACACUCCUUCGGAAAAGGAGCAUUGCCCCUUCCCUAUGCCACCAGCAGAUAUUAAAGAUCAGGUAUCGUUAUUGAUUGACAUAAUAAGGUCCUUUGGUGUUGAACAUGACCAGGACCAGGUACAGCAUAUUGUAUCGGAUGCUAUAGCCUAUAAUGGUACUAGCGAUACUGCUGACUUUGGUCCUCUGCCGGAACCUUUGCCGCACAGAGAGUUUGAUGCGCCAAAACUGAGAGAGCUCCGGAAGCUAAUGGAUACAGACAACGUUUCAGAUCUUGAGAUUGAGCAGCUUGCUGUUGCCAUGUUGGAUGAAUUGCCUGAACUAAGUUCCGACUAUCUGGGUAAUACCAUUGUUCAGAAAUUAUUCGAGAACUCGUCCACCAUCAUAAAGGACAUAAUGUUGCGGCAAACUAGCAAGUACUUAACUUCGAUGGGUGUGCACAAGAACGGCACAUGGGCUUGUCAAAAGAUGACCACUAUGGCAGAUACACCAAGGCAGAUGGACCUUGUAGCCAAGGGGGUUUACAAAUACUGUACGCCGCUAUUUAAUGAUCAAUUCGGCAAUUACGUUAUCCAAUGUGUCCUGAAGUUUGGCUUCCCGUGGAACAAUUUCAUCUUCGAGAGCAUUGUAUCCAACUUCUGUACUAUUGUCCAGAACAGAUAUGGUGCCCGCGCGGUAAGAGCUUGCUUGGAGGCACACGAUAUAAUCACGCAGGAACAGCUACUCGUCUUAAGUGCAAUGAUUCUUUUGUAUGCGGAGUAUCUGGCCACCAAUAGUAAUGGUGCGCUGUUGGUGACGUGGUUCCUAGAUACAUCCUCUUUGCCAAACAGGCAUUCAAUUUUGACGGAAAAGCUCCUUCCACAUAUCGUUGAACUAUGCUGCGACAGGUUGGCAUCUUUGACCAUCCUGAAAAUCCUCAACUUCAGGAGUGACGAGCAUGCUAAACGUGUUAUCCUCGACACCAUAUUUGGAGCAUUGGAUUCCGAUAGUGGGCCGCCACAAACACUAUACCAGUUGCUCAGCGAUACCAACUAUGGGUCCACGUUCGUCUAUAAAAUACUCUCAACGCCUCUACUCGAGGGAGAGAUAAGAAACCAUGUGAUACAGCAAGUGCGUCAUGUUCUGAUGGAGCAUAGUGGCCCCCAACAUCGCCGUCUCAUGGAGGAAGUCGGGUUCGCCAACUCCAGCACCACAGGCUCAUCUGGAAAUAACAGCUCGGCCUCCUCUAAGCAUCGCCCCGCGGUCUCCCACGUCUACGCAACCGAUUCAUCAGGGCAUAUGCGCACCGUUUCGGUUAGCAGCAACCGCAGUUCCGGCUCAGUUCCGAGGACCUUGACCAGCAGCCAGUCCCAUUCGGCCGCUACCUCCCAACAGUCCCCUGGCUCUAGUAGCACUGUCUGUGGGUACAACUACCCUGGCACGUUCCCGACCAACUCCGGCUCCUUCUCCAUGGCAGCAGAUGACCUCGCAACCCAGUUCGACAUCCUGAAUAUUAACAAUAAUGCGCAAAUGCCGUUGCCUCAAAUCAGCAUGAACCAGGUGAACACUAAUACUAAUGGAUACACAACGCACAACGGGACAUUUGGUUACUAG